AUGGCGACCCAGCACGCCAGCCUCAAGCGGCUGCGCCCGCCGCUCUCCGGUUUCAUUGUCGACGGCUUCAACUUUUGCGAGGCCGACGUGCGGCACUACCUGCUAACGCAUGCGCACAGCGACCACACCUGCGGCCUGCACGCGUCCUUUGACCUCGGGACCGUCUACUGCUCCUCGGUCACCGCGCGAGUGCUGCGCGCCACGAUUGGGUUGCCGGAGAAGCGGAUCACCACCAUCGACGUUGGCCAGUCGAUCGAGGUCGAGGGCGUCCAGAUCACCGCCCUCGACGCCGGCCACUGCCCCGGCUCGCUCAUGUUCCUGCUCGAGCACCUCGCCACUGGCCACACCGCGCUGCACACCGGAGAUAUGCGCGCCUCGCAGCCCAUCCGCGAGGCGGUACGCGUGCACGUGAUGCCACUCUCCGCGGGCGUGGAGGCGCACGAGGCGAUGGGUGCGCUGCUCCAGAGGCACGGCGAGCGCUACGCCGCCGUGGUGACGUUUCGGCCGACGGGGUGGGCGUACUCCAAGUCGGAUGAGGCGGGUCUCCCCAAGCCGUGGGUCGAGGGGGCGGGCACCACGCGCAUGUACGGAGUGCCGUACUCUGAGCACUCUUCGUGGGAGGAGCUGCAGGCCUUCGUCGCGGCGCUGCGGCCGCGCGCCCUCGUGCCGACUGUCAACGCCGACACCGCACGGGACAGGGAGAGGCUGCAGGCGGCGUACGCGCACGCGAUGGACCUGGCCGCAGACAAGGGCCGCCUCGACUGGCACUUUCGGCGGCGCCCCUCCUCCGCGGUUGGCGCCUCCAGCUCCAGCGACAUCGGAGGCGGCGGAGGCACUGGCGGCGGCGGC